UUUCCUCCGACUGGAGGGAUUCUUCUCCUCUCGUCUCUUUACGGUUCCCGUCCCCAGGUCCUCCUCCUGGAAAUGGCCGAGCCUCUCGCCCAAGCCCGUAGUUGUGCGCCGCCCGCGGACACGUCCCGUGGGGUCUCUGCGGCGCCUCAGGGCUGCGAGGACGCUCACGGGACCGUGCUGCGGGGCAGGUGGGACCCCGACCGGCCGAGGUGUUACCCGCUCAGGCUCGGGGUUACUUUUAGGGACCGCACAGCUCUGCCUCACGGAGCUGUAGCCAGAGGCCCGCCGUCCACCGGAGUCCGUCAGGAACGGCAGCGAGCACCCCCCACACCUGCUCGUCGCGAGCUGCUCCCCCCGGGGCCACCUGCCCAGCGCCCUUUGGGGUGGGGCAGAGCAGGUGCCGGCCCGCCCCGCAGACCGCCUCCUCCAGCAGCUCCCUGUGACACCUCCCCACACCACACACGACUCGGGCUUUCCGCCCACUCGGCUGUCUGCGCAGCGGUGGUCACGUUUGUCCAGCGUGCUGAAAUGUGUUCUUCAUAACUGCCUCCCUCUUGAGACUGAAUUUCUGCAAGGGGGGCCCUUAAAGCGUGCCCAUCCUUUCCAAGUACACUUCUCCUCUGUCACUGCUCUUCACUACAUGUCUGGCCUAGAAGAAGUGGUCUUCACGGAGGUGACAGGUAUUAACAGGUGGAAGGAGAUUGUGAUGGGAUGUCUGUCACUCAUCCUCAAGUGAAGACAGCUGGCAGCACCUGCUUUCCCCAGGGUCAGAUGGAGAGGCUGGGGCAUCCCAGGACUCCCUUCUUAGGAACACACCUAGACGAGCUUACACGGCCCGAGUCAUGCUGAAGAGCCCCCAUUCUUCUUAAUGAACCACAAAGCAUGCAGAUACUGAGGAGAGCAGACAAAAAUGAUGAUGGAAAACUGUCCUUUGAAGAAUUCAAGGCCUACUUUGCCGAUGGGCUUCUGAGUGGAGAAGAAUUACACACGCUCUUCCACACCAUUGAUACCCACAACACCAACAAUCUCGACACAGAAGAACUAUGUGAAUAUUUUUCUCAGCACUUGGGCGAGUAUGAAAAUGUACUAUCAGCACUUGAAGACCUAAAUCUUUCCAUCCUGAAGGCAAUGGGCAAAACAAAAAAAGACUACCAAGAGGCCUCCAAUUUGGAACAAUUUGUAACUCGAUUUUUACUGAAGGAGACCUUGAAUCAGCUGCAGUCUCUCCAGAAUUCUCUGGAAUGUGCCAUGGAAACUACUGAGGAGCAAACCCGUCAAGAAAGGCGAGGCCCGGCCAAGCCAGAGGUCCUGUCCAUCCAGUGGCCCGGGAAACGGUCAGGUCGCCGAGUCCACAGACACAACAGCUUCUCCCCCAACAGCCCUCAGUUCCCUGGUCCAGGCUUAUCAGAGGAGGAUAACCAGUGGAUGGCACAGAUAAACAGGCUGCAGAAACUAAUCGAUAGACUGGAAAAGAAGGAUCUUAAACUUGAACCUCUGGAAGAAGAAGUUACUGAAGGGAACACUAAAUCUCACAUCCUGCUGGUGCAGCGUCAGAUGUCGGUGAUCGCGGAGGACGCGGAGGCAUUCCAGGUGGCUCUGAAGCGCUACGCUGACGGCGCUGCCUCCCAACGCGGCUGUUUGCGUAUUUCUAUACAGAAACUUUCAAAUGCACCGCGCUACAUGAUAUAUGAGUUCUGGGAGGACAGUAGUGUGUGGAAUAGCCACCUUCAGACGAAUUACAGCAAGACCUUCCAAAGAAGUAACGUGGACUUCUUGGAAACUCCAGAACUCACCUCUACUAUGCUAGUUCCUGGUAACUAUCCUGGGUCCACGGUGCUUCUCUUCCUGGUGGACCUUGAACAACAACUAGAUGGUCCUAGGCAUUUGCUUUAUCAUUACAAGUACAAACCAAAUGCUUACUAAGAUGUGUACUCUUCUUAUAUGUCUUCUGUAACUUUAUCUUUCAUGUGAAUUUUUGCUUAAUUUUCAAAGUUCACCACCAUUCUCAAUAUUUGCUGUUGUGCUAUAUUGUAACCCCAUACACUUAGUCAUAAAGUUCUAAUAUGUGAAAAAAUGUACACCUAAAGGAACAAAAUUGUGAAAAAGAAAUUAUGAUAAAGAAAAAAUAAUUAAGUGGCAAUUUUUAGUAUGUUACUUCAUAGAACAGAUUUGUAGAUUUAUCAAAAGGUUAAAUCGGUGUUUUGUGAUUUUUUAAGUAACUGAUUUUUCUGAGUGAAGUUUAUAUACUUCAGUAAUGCCUACUCCAUUCCCGACUCAUGAUCCUAUGACUAUUCACUUAAUAUUACUUAAAAAGUUAAUAUAUUAUCCAAUGUGACUGGUGUCCUUAUAGGCAGAGAGAACGCAUAAGGAAUCAGGUGCUCAGAGAAAAGGUCACGUCAGACCACAGCAAGAAGGUGGCCAACUGCAAGCCAAGGACAGAGGCCUCAGGAGAAACCAACCCUGCCAACACCUUGAUCUUGGACUCCUAGUCUCUAGAAGUAAGAAAAUGUUUACUGUUUCAGCUGAAAACAAAAAAACAAAAAACUAUUAAUGGGUAACUGUGUGUAAAAACAACCUUGGCUGUACUCUGUAUUGAUUAUAAAGUGAUUUUUCACAAGUGAACAGUUCAGUGAGAGGGUACCAUUUGUUAAUGUGACACCAUCAAAUCAUUUUUUAGUAUAAUUCCUGGAAUGUAAAUGAAGAAAAGUGGAGUUAGUUUUACUUUGAGAAAAUCUGGUUCAAAUUUUAUGGCAUAUAAUCCAGGUGGCAAAAAUUUCUUAUGAAAAGUAGACAUUUGCAUUUAAAGAGUAAUUGAAAAUUUGUUAAAAACAAAAUUUUAACCUGAGUGAACAAAGAAGAAAUAAAGAAUAAGCACAAAUUUUAGGGAAGUAAUAAAAUAGUAGGGAAGGUAUGGGACGGAAGACAUCUAUUUUCCAGUUUCAGCAUUGGAAUGACUACAAUCCCCGUUUCACUAGAAGUACUAAAACUAUGUACCUUACGCACUUUUCUGUGCAAGCUCAGAAAUAGUGUGUAAUAGUAAAAUCUCUUCUGAUGAUAUAUGCUGCUAAUAUACAGUGCAUGUAGAAAUUUGUUACGAUGUCAUUCUCUAGUUCAAAUUCCUUUGAACCUACAGAUAUUGCAGGGGGAAAAACUGUAAGGUACGGUUUUUUUCCCCCUUUUUCUUUCCUUCAGGCUAAAUUAUUUUAUCAUAGGAUCUACUAGACAUAGGACAUAAAUUUUUACAUAAUAUAUACACACAAGGUAUGUCAAUACGUGUGUGUCUUGGGACAUUUCUAAAGAUGAGAAACACUAUGAGACAAUACCUGGCUCAACUUUUAAUUUAUAUACAUAGCAAAGAACAACAGACAUGUACAAUGGCAAGAUAAAACAGUUGCAGUUCGCACUCUGAUUAUGUACAGUAAGAAAGGAUCAAAAGACAAACCUAGGGUACGUUUGACCUACAAACUCUUAUUAAAAACACUAGGUAUAAAUGGUUUCAAAAAUACAAAUUACAGCCAAUCAAAAUGUUCUGGCCAGUCCAUUUAAGUAUCAUAUUCAGAAGGUGCGGGAUCCAGUCUUUGGGGAGGAGGCAGUAAGACUAAGGGUUCUGCCCUCUUAAGUCACAGCACCAUGUGGAAAGGUUCUUCAGAUUGCAGAUUGGAAUAGGGUCUAUCAUAUUUUAACUAACAUCAAAAGACCUUGAGAACAGGCAAAUAAUAAAGCAAACCAAUUUAAUUAUAUGGCAAUUCUGACCCCAGCUCUUAUAUAAAUUAUUCAUAUAUUUUUGUGUGAGAGCAUCUCUGCGUGUGUGUCUAUCUAUCUCUAUAUAUACAUAUAUAUAUACAUAUACGCACAUAUAUGUAUAUAUAUACUGGAGCCUAUAAUAUAACUGGAAAAUGGGGCAAAAAAACACCCCUAUAUAAAUAAAUAUCUCAUUUUAAAGUAACUGAUAAAUUAAUAGUUAAUGAAGUUUUUUUCUAUUUAAAAAAAACAAUCUAUAUUUCUGUGGAACAAAGUAAUGAAAAAGUGGGGUGCUAAAAGACCAAGAGGGGAUACCUAUUUAAAGCGUAACUGUGGAUAAGAAACCCAAAGACCAGUGAAGAAACAGGUACUGGUUUUAGGAGUUCACAAUUCAGUUCAAGAUAAACUUUCUGCCAAACAAUGGCCUUCCCAACAGACGGGGGAAUAAGAGCAUCUGAUAGUAGGAGUAAAGAGACUUUACACUUACCUUUAUAUGUGCAAUAUUUUUUUGACACUGCGCUGGAAGAAACUUUUCCUUGUGACAGUAACAUCCAGAGUGACAAACUGCAGGAAAUUUAUUGUAUAAAAGCAGCUAAAAGUUUUAAGCCCAAAAUCAUUCAUCCGUACGUGUUUUAAGACAUUACAGAAUUGAAUCUUAAUGUAUCUCAAUUAUUUGCAAAUGCCUAAAUGUUUCCUCUUUGGAAAUAAUUUUACUUUUUGGAGUUGCUCAACUGCUACUGUUCAUAUGGUCUGAUUAGUAACACAAGUAGCAGCUAUUUUUCACUUUCAAUACCACUGUUUCCAAAAUGUCAAUCUUUGAUUGUAAUUAUGACUCUUAGACAAUGUUAUGAAAACCUACAGAGCAAUCUUAUAUUGGAAAAGAAAUGCCUACUAAAAUUUCUCCCUCCUGUCAUUGAGAUUUCUGCAUUGAGCAUUCUGAAUCGUUCUAAGCCUCUGCAGAAAUUGUAAACAUCCUUUCAAGUGCUGGUCGGAAAUGGCUGUGAAACAAAACAAAAGCAACUUUAAAAGCAACAAGAAAUUAUGUACCAUAUAUACAUCGCACCAAAUACUUUUUAUAUUUGAGAAUCUUUACAGCUUCCAUUUCCAUUAUUACAAGUGAUGAAAAACAAAAAAAUUGCAAGUAGCAUGCAAAUUAUCAAGUCUAUUUCACUAACCACAAGUGUUCCUUCCCAAUUUAUGCAGGAAACUGCCUGCUAAGCUGAAACUGAUUAGAAAAUUCUUUAUAGUUUAAAAUAUCUCUUUCUCAUGUUAAGAGAAACCAAAUAUCCAUCAAAAUUAAAAAUAAAUUGAAUUGUCAUAGUCCAUUAUAGUUAUUGUUACUAUAUCCACUUCAUUUGCAGGUGUCCAAAAUACAAAACAAUUCUUCAUCUGUUCUUAAAAUGCUACUUAAAACUGUGGUUGUUUUCCUGUAAUAUAGAAGAAACAGUUAAUUUAUUAGAUUGAAUGAACACAGUUUUACUAUUUCAUUUGUCAAACCAAAAAUACUGUGACAUACUAAGUGUUUACAGCUUGAAAUGCAUGAUACUAUAGAAUCUAUUAAAGUAACUGGAAUUUGUCAGAUAAAACAAGUAUGUGUAAUAAAACAUAUGUAAUUCAUUUUUAAAUAGAUUAGAUUGUAUUCCAAACCUGUUGUUUCUGUGGUACCUAAUUUUUUAAAAGUGUUAUUAAUGCAUAAAUCAAAUUUUAACUCAAUGCUAAUGUGUGAGGUUUGUUCAAAAUAAUAUUUAUGUCAAACUUAUUUACAAAAUAAAUUAUUA